AUGGAGGACCAAGUCAACCAUCUCGUUGGCAAGACAUGGAGACAAUACCAACAGUUGCCAAAAUCGCAACGGCUGUUAAUCGGUGUGUCUGGUAUUCCAGGCAGCGGCAAGACGACACUCGCAGCCAUGGUUGCCUUGCGCCUCAACGAGCUUCAUCGCGCUGAAUCCCCUGGCGCAAGUGCUGAUGAACCUCCAAUUGCUGCAUUUGUGCCAAUGGAUGGUUACCAUCUGUCACGAGCGCAACUCGAUGCAAUGCCUGACCCUGACACGGCACAUGCGCGACGGGGCGCAGCCUUUACCUUUGACGGCAAGAGCUUUUGGGAGCUAGUGAAAGAGCUUCGAAAGCCGCUCACACCUGAAAGCCAGACCUUAUAUGCACCUAGCUUCGACCACGCUGUCAAGGAUCCCGUUGCGGAUGACAUUGCCAUAGCACCGACGACCCGGGUCCUCGUAUUUGAGGGUAACUACUUGAGUCUCGAUAGAGAACCUUGGCGAGACGCAGCCAAAUUGAUGGACGAAUCAUGGUUUGUUGAAGUGGAUUUUGACGUAGCCAGGGAGAGGCUUGUAAGCAGGCAUGUCAAAGCUGGGAUUGCCAAGGAUGAAGACGACGCGCACAAGCGAGUCACCGACAACGACCUGAUAAACGGCAAAGAAAUCGUAGACGAAAGUCUGAAGGUAGACGAAGUGGUAACCAGCAAAUAUGAUGCAGACUGGAGGCCGGAAGAACAAGGUGUAGGAAAAUAG